CGCCGCCAAGGAGACACUUCCGCUGCGCAUGCGCCGCACUCAAACAGGGCGAGAGAAGAAAGGCCGGCAGAUUGCGCAAGCGCAGUUGAGACAGGGCGUUAGGGGAAAGAUGGACGGCUUUAGAUGACCCAGGCUUUGCGCAUGCGUCUUACUGCAGGCUGAAGCAGAAACUGGGGGACCCAGGACGCCUUCCUACACAUGCGCAGGAGGCUCAAUGACAGUCGAGCGUUGGCUAAGGCUCCGGGGAAAGGGUCUGGCCAUGCUGCAUGUGACCCGGGGGGUCUGGGGAUCCAGGGUCCGAGUAUGGUCCCUGUUGCCUACGCUCCUCGGGCCCCCCCGGGCCCUGUCGUCGCUGGCGGCCAAGAUGGGGGAGUACCGCAAGAUGUGGAACCCCACGGAGCCCCGCGACUGGGCCCAGCAGUACCGCGAGCGGUUCAUCCCUUUCUCCAAGGAGCAGCUGCUCCGCCUCCUGACACAGGAAUUCCACUCCAGCCCCAAGGAGAAGGCAGCUUUAGCCGAUUUUGCAGCCCACGUGGACUUCUGCACCCUGUUCCACUACCACCACAUCCUGGCCCGGCUGCAGGCGUUGUAUGACCCCAUCAACCCCGACAGGGAGACCCUCGACCAGCCUUCGCUGACAGACCCCCAGCGUCUGUCCAAUGAGCAGGAGGUGCUCCGGGCUCUGGAGCCCCUGCUGGCCCAGGCCAACUUCUCCCCGCUCUCGGAGGACACCCUAGCCUACGCUUUGGUGGUCCAUCACCCUCAGGAUGAGGUCCAGGUGACAAUAAAUUUGGAUCAGUAUAUCUACAUGCAGUUCUGGGCCCUGGGCCAGCGAGUUGGGCAGAUGCCCCGUAAGUCCAGCGUGGGCUCCAAACGUGGCUUCUUCAGCAGGUCACCCCCCGCAGAGAGGAGGUAUUUCAAGCGGGUGGUGGUGGCCGCCCGUACCAAGCGGGGGCACCUGGUGCUGAAGAGCUUCAAGGACACACCCCUAGAGGGCCUAGAGCAGCUGCUCCCAGAGCUGAAGGUCCGCACGUCCACCACGCAGCGUGCGCUGCUCAACCUAACGCUUUUCGUCUCGGGCCUGGUAUUCUUCGUCAAUGUGGGCAUGGUGGUGCUCACGGACCUCAAGAUGGCCACCUCCCUGCUGCUGCUCCUCUUUGCCAUCUUCAUGGGCCUGCGGGCAUCCAAGAUGUUCGGACAGCGGCGCAGCGUGCAGGCGCUGGAGCUGGCCCACAUGCUCUACUACCGCAGCACUUCCAACAACUCGGAGCUGCUCAGCGCCCUGGCCCUGCGCGCGCAGGACGAACAUGCCAAGGAGGCUCUGCUGGCCCACAGCUUCCUGGCCCGGCUGCCCCAGGGCGCGCGCGGCCAGCCGGAGGAGACCUCCCAGUGGCUCCAGUCCGAGGUAGAGCACUGGCUCUUGGCCCAGUCAGGCUGUGACGUGGCCUUCAACGGAACUCGGGCCCUGGCCCACCUGCAGGCCCUCACCCCCAGCAUCGGGAUGUUCCCACCCCCGGGUUUCCCCAAACUGGACCUGUUGUCCACAGUCAUCUCCGAAACCCCACAGCCGGCACCCAGGAGUGACCAGCCCUGAGAGAAACCUCCGCCCAGCCCCGCUCGGCCACCUGGGGAGGCACUAAGCCCUGCCCCCACGAUAAGCUGUCAAUCAAAGCUACUCCGAUUUGCCCCUCCCUAACUUUCACUCGCCUACAGGCAAUCACUUCCGUUACACUGCACUCUUAAACAAAGCUAGCAGUUGUGACAGCCUGCAGUUGCUAGGCACCCCGCCUGAACAUCCAGUCAAAGCUUUUUGGCUCUGCUUCUAGGCCAUCCCUUAGUCCCACCCCGCCGUGAACAUCCAAACAAGGCUGGGCUGAGAAGGAGUGUCCGCCAAUCACAGCUGUUCGGUGGUACAAACCACCAGGCACCGUGGUUAAAACUGUGCCUCCCGAGGCCAUAGAUCAUCGUCUUUUUAGCCCGCUCCGGGCAAAACGCCCAACACGUUCACCAAGGCGGAGCCCCAGGCCACCGCCAAUGGGAGCCGGUUAGCCCAGCUCUCUGGCCAACUGCCAAUGACAGCUGCUGGGCACUGUCAGUUGUCGCCGCUAGAAGCGACCAAUCAGAACUUCUAAAGGAAACCCGAUCUUUUCGUCAAUUGCCGCUGCUCCUCAGGCAGGCUCUCCGGUCUGCUGCCGCUCAGCUGGUCCAGGCUAAAGGGGUUUGAGAGCCUUGUUUCAGGCAGAAGACUGGGGGUCAGGAGGAACCAGAGACCGUCCUCACUCCCAAGACUCAUUUCCACUCAGGCCCCAACAAUCUCAGGUGCCUUUCCUGCCCAGGUUCCUCACCCUUUCUGCAGAAACUACCUCGGUCUGGAUCUUUCUUCCACCAGUGGCCUGUGCAAUAUUUAUUGGUCUGUCAACUUCUGCCCUGUCCCCUCUCUCAAAGGAAUAAAUCAUGUUUAAUAGCUG